CCUUAAACAGCUGAGAAUCGAACAACACAGUCGCGUGCGGUGCGAAGUUCGCAAACAAUUUUAUUUGUCAUCACGCAGCACACCGCGAAAUCAAUUUCUUUGCCGAAGAAUUCAUGGCCUUUAUUUUCUUGGCUUGCUACCUUUCUAGUGGACACCAAACUAGAAACUUAAGAAGAAGAGGAGGAACAGAAGCUGGCCAGUAGGCCACUGACAGCCCAACCAAAACGCCAGGCCAGACUACCCCCACCCUUUCUCCACCCCCUGCUGCUGCAGCCCUCCCUGAUCUCGUUCCAGAAUUUUCCUGCCUGGACGGAAAAUUAAAUUUUCUCCAGGUGACUGUGACGGGGUUUCGGUCCGCCCAACUGUGUGGUGGCUUCUGUGUUGUUCGGAACGUUUGGUCGCCUGGAGACCAGGAGCGCUGGUCCGAUGGUGCUGCUACACUGUCAUGUUGGUGAUUCUCAAGUGCUUGUUCCCAUUGCUGCUGAUCGCCCCGCUUUUGGUUUCGGUCAGUUCAAGUGAGCCUAGAAUCAGGGCGGCGGGGAACGGAUCGCAAGAACGCCAGUACCUUCCCGAGGGGCCAUACGUCAAGUGCUCUUUUCUGCCCCUGGAGUUCUUGGACUGCGAGGAGCCUUUUGACCACAGAGGAAACAAGACUGCUCGAGACCAGGCUGGACACGGUUGUGUUAAGUUUGGUGGAUCACGUUAUGAAGAUGUAGAGAAGGCGAAGGUCAACUGCAAGGUGCUCCCCGAAAUAGAGUGCUACGGGUCUAGGUCCUUUGUGAAGGAUGGCUUCCCAUGCAUCAAGUAUGGGGGUCACUAUUUCACCACGACUAUAAUCUAUAGUAUAUUGUUGGGGUUCCUAGGUAUGGAUCGCUUCUGCCUAGGGCAGACAGGAACGGCCGUUGGGAAACUCUUAACUCUUGGUGGUGUAGGUAUUUGGUGGAUAGUUGAUAUCAUUCUCUUGGUGACCAACGGACUUGUGCCGGAUGAUGGUACAAACUGGAAUCCCAGGUCAUAAUUUUGCUUAUAUUGUCUGAGGUUAUCAGAAGUUUGUAAUUGAAAACUGCGCCAUGCAUAGCAUACUUGGUAUGAACAAUAUUCCCCAUAAGGAUGCUUCAGCAUGGGAUCUUCGCACUGAAGUGAGGGAGGAGUGUGAAUUACCCAGGCAUCUUGGGAAAUCGCUAGACAUGGAGUCGAGUUUAGUUGGUAAAGAAUUGGACAAUUCUCAGUUACAUAAAAGUAAUUCACUAGAAUCCCUACCACUAGUUCGACGGAAGAGCGGGUCUGCAGACAGCAUUCCUAGUUUAGUUCAUUAUGCUGAAUUUGGUGGGGAUUUCCCUCUAGCAUCAAAUGGAUGUGAUCACAAAACAAGCAUUACCAAACUUAACCGAAGGGCUGCACGAUGUAAGCCUUCUCUCUUUCUUCCCGAUCGUGGAAUCCACAGGUUCGAUGAGGGACAUUACCAUAUUAGUAAAGAAUGGAAACAACAUAGAAUUCGCAGAUAUCACAAACAACAGAGAUCACCGAACCUUUUAGAGAAGUUGAAGAAACAUCAGGUGCAGCCUAGAGGGAGCAAAGUGGCUGAUUAUAUAAUGGCAGAAUUAAUUCCAAGCGUUGCUAAAAUGACAUGCCGUGACCCAGAGGAGGAAACAAGUACCCCUGGCCAUUUCUGAAGUUAACCUUGUUUUUUGUUGCAAUUUUUUAAUUAACCAGAUUAUUCUGGAGAGCCAUAGGAGAGGUUUAUUUUAACCAAUAGUUUGCAAAUUAUGUUUCAAUGUUAAAAUCUCUUAUGGUUUUGGUGUGGUUUAUGGAUUGGUUUAAGAUUCACAGAAUCUAUUGCUCCUAUAUUUGCUCUCCAUUUCUUUAUUUAUAACCUUCUCUUUUUUUCCUUUAAAUGCUGUGAUCCUCUCAUUACCUAUGUGCAUUUCUUAUUAAAACAGAGUCAUGGUUGCUGUUGUUUUUUCUUUCUCAUUUUUUAUGUUGCAAGAAGCACUUAAAUUUCAUAAUUGUGCUUGUAACAGAAUAACCCAUUUGUUUCUUAUUUAUUCUUCUUCAUUUUUAUUUUGAUUGUAUUCUAUUUCCAAAUGUCUGGAAUUAAAUUAUGUGUGUGUUAGAUUCAGUCAGAGAAUUUGUCUUGUGAUCUCUUAGUUGGUUCCUGUCUCCCAUAGGGCUGAGACUCAUUUGUUGCAAGAAAAAUUGUUAAGCUGCAUUCACAUUCAUUGCUCUGCUGAUUAUUUGUUGAUGCCUGCAUCUUGAAAACAUCAGCACACCAAUGAGCAUGAAUCCAUCUUGAGGCUUUUAUCAAGUUAAGUAAUUGACUUGCCACAAAAUAUAUUGUCUCUAAUCACCUGUAACCUGAUAUAUGGUAUUAUUCCCUUGUUGAUGUAAAUAAGUGUUACCUGCAUUAAAUUGUGAAGAAAGUA